AUGGUGAAGGCAAACAUAGACGUGCUGGUGCAGCGACGUCUGAGGGCCAUGGCUCACACGCGAGCCCAAAAGGCUGAACUAAAAGCCAUCUGGAAAACAAGAGCGAGGAACAUCAAGAAGUCUCGGAAGAAAGUCAGCUCUGCCAACCAAAAGCUGCGGGACGCAGGCUACGAAGGCGAGCUUUCGGAAGUAUCCUCGGUUUCUUCGUUAACCUCGUCAUCCUCGUCUGGUUCUAUGUCUGAGUCCGAACACAGCCUGGACAAAGACACGCCUUCUCCUAAGGAUAAGGCAAAAUCAAAAGCACCAGCGCCCGUCCCUAAGGGAAAAGGGCUUGCAGCACCGUCGUCCAUCCCUAAGGGAAAAGGGCCCGUAUCACCACCGCCACCUCCUAAAAGGAAAGGCUUGGUUUCACCUGCAGCCAAGAAUGCCGGACCUGCAGCGCCCAAGGCGCCCAGCCAGAACCGCAAGGCUAACGAGGCUGGAGAGUUCUACCCUGGCUUCCCAAGGGAAGACCCACGAUUUUGUUUUGCUUGCGACCAGUUGCUACGUGGCAUGGAGCGUGCAGGCAGCAAGCACAACACAGACUGCGAAUGGAGAAUUCGCAAAGUGCCAGCUAAGAAAGCGGCCGCUUGA